CUCCCCUCAUCACAGAGCUGCUGCUGCAGGCUGAGUGGAUGCGGGCUGGACGUGAAAGCGAAUGAGUGACUUGGAGACCGAGGACAUAACGCGGCACUUUUGGAACAGUUCGGGACAUGAAAACUUUUUUCUCGCCGGUGUUUGUGCUGAACCGCAGACACGGGCACGCGUAAAAACCUCCAAAACGCUCAAACUUCUUCUUCUUCUUGACGUGAUCGGCUUGUUAUGAACAUGCUUGGUGAGAUUGUUGGUCACUUUGUGACUUCAAGUCACCAAAUUGUGACAUGAUAUAAAAAAGCAUCGAGGAGUAAACCUGGUUUCGACGCAGCGUGAUGGGAUUACAGAAGCCCCGAUGAAGUCUAACAUUUUUAAGGUUUAUUCUUCCUGGAAAUGGCAAGUCGUGCCAGCGCUUCUGACAUGCAGUGUAUUGAUUCUAAUCAUCGGUUUGUGUGCUGGAUCUCCUAACCACAGCCGUCGGCUGGUCUGCUGGAAAGCCAUCCUGAAGUGCCACGGAGAGCCGGAGUGCCAUUACGCGUAUGAUCAGUACCUUUAUGCGUGCGCGUCUGUCAUCAAUGGGGACCGUAAAAAGUGUCCCAGUCACUGCAUAUCAUCUCUCAUCCAGCUCAACCUAACCCAUAGCGGCCCGGCUCUGGAGGACUGCGACUGCGCCACGGAUCCGGUCUGCAGGAGAACCAAACAAGCCAUCGAGCCGUGCUUGCCUCGGACGAGCACCAUGGGCUGCACCGAGGCCCGGCGGCAGUGUGAGAUGGAUCUGCCUUGUAGCUAUGCCAUGAGGGACUAUUUAUUCCACUGCAGGAAACUUUUCGGAGGGGAAAGGUGCUCGGAUAGUUGCCGCAAGGUGAUAGCCAACAUGCGCUCCAUACCCAAAGCGCAACAGCUAGACACUUGCGUGUGUGACGGCACGGAGAGGAACAUAUGCGAGUUCAUCAAAGUCAGCAUGAAGACUUUCUGCUCUGAUUCCAGCGAUAGGUUCGCGGGAAGCGGCUUUUCAGACUCUGAGGAGGAUUCUGAGGACGAUUACAUCGAUCAGGAGGAUUAUCAAUACGUGGAGAGCUCGAGUGAACCCAGACUUUGUCAGACUGUGCUAAAAGUCCUGACCACCAUUUUGGUUUUUCAAAAAAUAAUCUGAAAAGCUGCUUCCCUGUGAAGGGGCAGCUAGAGAAGUCUGUCACAUCCUCGGAAUGUGUCUGCUUUGUUUCUAAUGUUUGUCAUUAAAGUUACAUUUGGGGCAAUUAAAUCCACCCCCUGAAUCCUCUGCUACAGAUCUGCACAAAUCUGACAAAUGUCAGAUCAGAUCAGUGACACAUGUAACUUAAUAUUUCAGUUACAGGU